AUGCCCCAGUGUUCAGGGAUCACACUAACAGGAAAACGAUGCAAGAUAAACACAAAAACGGACAAAUACUGCAGAUACCAUGAAAAUCAACGACUGACGACAAUGUACAGGAAACCUGCAUCUCCACCAAAAGUAGGGUUCAUCUACGUGUACACCCUGAAAUCAUUGGCACUUCCCAGCAACAAGAAGCAAAAGUGGCUUCGAUUGGGUAGUGGUAACCACUCUAGAGACGUCGACUUACUGAAAUCCGAGCCCUUUGAUCCCAGGGAUAAUAUCUUGAUUAAAGUGGGCGCAACCACUAACGAUCCACAGACUCGAAUUCGUCAAUGGGAAGAUAAAUGCAGGUUGGAGCUAGCGUUGAUAACACCCAAAUUAGUGAUAGCAAAUUCGAAAUCCCGAAGGGGGCUGUCGGCACUGUUUGAAAAAUUGUCUUUGAAUUCGUCAGCUGGAAGGACUGAGAGACAAGAGAGGAAAUUGCUGCGGCAAUGGUCUACUUAUAACAAUUUAGGUUUUCAAUGCGACGAUGUGUUUGCCAAAGAAGAGCAAAUUCAUUCACUGCUAAGAGCAAAUUAUGGGCAUGGAACAGUUUUCUGCCAAGGAUGUAGCAGGCCAGGGCGGAACGUUUUUUUGAGGCAUAGAGAGUGGUUUCUUAUCCCAAGAAGGAAACUAUUCAAGGUUUUGGUUCUCAUAGAUAAGACUUCCACGUGA